UUGAAACUGUCAGUAAGUUCGCGACGUAUGCUAUCGGGGAAGUACAGCUGGUGGAGUAAAUUAGUUGGUUAGCGAUAACAAAGAAUUGAUUAUAAUUUCCCGUAGAUUCCAAUUCUUUAGUCAUCCUUAUAAUUAAUCGGGUCGAAAAGUGACGAUUCAAUAUAGUAGUCGCAGUAUUUAUUUCGGCUACUAUUCACGGAAAUAAAAAAUGUGUAGUCGGGCUGGAUGCAUUAUUUUAGUAUUUAUAUACUUUUGUGUGGUUGAAUCAGAAUCAAGCAUUCGGUAUGGCUUUCCAUCAGAUUAUCUACAUGUGAAUUUAGAAAUUGCGGAUAAAUUGCGGCAACCGAAAAUCUUUAAUCUUCAUACUUCUGAUUUGAACCGGCGGAGCCACAUAGCUUCAUCGCGACAUAAAAGACAUUUGAAUAUAACAACAAAUUCGUUUCCAAAAGAAAGAAGCAAAUCGGUAAAUGAUGACCAAUCAACAAAUAUCACCGUAAAGGUGAAUGCCUUGAAUGAUUCGCACGCCCAGCUGAUGGUACACUGGCUCGGAGAUGGGUCUGAUAUUAUGAUUUGCCUUGCACGUGAUCCUCCACUUGGUCCACAUGAUGAUGCUCAGAAACUACCAGAAGUGUCGCCAUCAUCCGUAUAUUUUUCAUAUGAUUACGGCGAUACAUUUAUAAAUAAAACACAUUUAUUUAAAGUCCUCAUAAACGGAACAGAAUAUAAUUCAACUCUUGAUCAAUUUAUGACUCAUCCUAAAUUCGAUACAAUAAUUUUUACGGAUUCUCGAAAUAGAGCCAUAUUCUAUGUACCAGACAAAGGGGAAAUUAUCGAUAGGCACAUGCUAGAUUUCACUCCAUCAGAUGUAUCAUUCUAUGAGAAUGAUGCUAAAACAUUCCUGGUCUUAGAUAAAGAGGACCUUGAACAUAAGUUGUAUUAUACAACUGAUGCUGGAGUUUCAUUCAUUUUAUUAGAAACUCAUGUAAAGUCUUAUUCAUGGAGUUCCGGCGAAGGAUUGCCAACUCAUCUAUAUGUAGAACGAAGGGAACCAACCAAUACCUCAUCCGUCAUUUUCAUGAAUGCAUCUGAUCUUUUAAAAAUGGAUAACAAGAAAAGAUUCAAUUUGUUAAUUGAAAAUGUACAAGACUUCCAUAUAAAAAAGGAUUUUAUGUUUGCAACGCGAAAGGUUCUAGAUACCAUUCAACUGUGGAUCUGCUAUCGCCGUGGAACUUUUGUAAAAGCUGACUUCCAGACAGAAUUAAACAUUAUUGGAUUUCAUGUUGCAGACGUAGAGGAUCGUCGAAUUUUCAUUUCGGUUGCUCAUUCGCACAUAACUUCACAUUUAUACAUUUCCGAAAGCAGCAGCGAUAUGAAAGAAAUUAAGUUUGUACGAAGCCUGGAAAAUGUAUUCACAUAUAUUCCAAAUAUAAUUUGGGCCUCGGGAUGGUUAUCGCAAACGGCUGAUGAAUCUUUUACAGAAUUAUAUAAAGUUGAAGGCCUAACUGGGAUUUAUAUAGCAUCGAAAUUAGCUAGAAUUCCUACAUUUGGAUCUGGAAUAGAAGCUCCUAUUGGGCCAGAAAAUUUGGUUUCUGUAAUAACCUUCGACUUUGGAACAACAUGGCGUCCCAUAGCUGCACCUAAAGUGGACGAUGAAGGACAGUUUAUAAAUUGUACCAAAGAUUGUAGUCUGCACUUAUCACAAAAAUUUAGUCAACUGUAUCCCGUUACAAGAUCCGUCUCAAUCAUGAGUUCUAAAUUAGCGCCGGGGGUGAUCAUGGCGACAGGUGUUGUGGGGAAAUCUAUCAAAGGUCACCCAGGGGUGUAUUUGUCGCGCGACGCUGGCCUCACUUGGAAACAAAUUCUGAAAACUUAUCACUUUUUUAACUUUGGGGAUCAUGGUGGUAUCCUCAUAGCUGUUAAAUAUUUCAAAACGAAAGGAGAAACUCGCGAAAUUCUUUACUCUACCGAUGAAGGAGAGAAAUGGCAUUCAAAGAAAUUUCACAGUUCGGACUUGAAAGUAUAUGGACUUAUGACUGAACCCAAUUCAAACACAACCGUUUUUACUUUAUUUGGUUCUGAAAUUCAAGAACACAGAUGGUUGAUAAUAAAAAUUGAUUUAAGGAAUGCUUUUAGUUACAAUUGUACACCAGACGAUUAUAAAUUUUGGUCACCAAGUUCACAAAACGGAGAAUCGUUGACUCCUUGUUUACUGGGAGCACAGAAAUCUUACCAGAGGCGUGUGCCUCAUACGAAUUGUUACAAUGGAAAAGAUUAUAAUCGACCUACACGAACCGAGAUAUGUCAAUGCAAUCACUGGGAUUUUACUUGCGAUUAUGGAUUUAGUCGAGUUAAUAAUCAUUCUCCUUGUAUUUACAACAAAAGUAUGACAACUGCAGACCCAUACAAGAUUCCAGACGAUUGUAAACCUGGCAAAUAUUAUUUUCGCACACGUGGGUACAAGAAAAUCGAGGGGGACGUUUGUAAUGCAGGUUUUGAAAGCCGCUAUCUUCCACAAAAAUUACCUUGUCCUUUCCAUGAGUUGAGCAGCUUUAUUCUUGUAGCGCAGCGCGAUAGAAUUUCCAGGAUUAACCUUAUGACGAAUGAAAAGGAAGUUGUACCCAUAGAAAAUUUGAAAAAUGUGAUUGCACUUGAUUUUGCUAUGAAAUAUAAUUGUAUCUUUUACGCCGAUAUUAUGUCUGACAAAAUUAUUAAGCAUUGUUUAGAUGGCAGGAAGAAUGCGGAAGUAUUGGUGGAAGCAGAACUUGCAUCAGUGGAAGGAAUGUCUUAUGAUUGGAUUUCUGAAAUGUUAUACUUUGUAGAUGGUACCCGUUCAAAGAUUGAGGCAGUUCGAACGUCAAAUGAUUCAUUAGCCCGAAUUCGCAUUACAAUCAUUGAUUCCAACAAGCUAAUAAAACCACGAGGUAUUGUUGUUCAUCCUAUCGAAGGAUAUUUAUUCUGGACAGAAUGGAGCAAUGCAAAGCCAUCAAUAACACGUGCAAAUUUAGAUGGGACAGAUCUUAGAGUUCUAUUCACAAAACCUGAUGUUGUGUGGCCGAAUGGGAUAACUAUUGAUUAUUUCGCCCAACGUGUCUAUUGGGUCGAUGCCAGCAAAGAUUAUAUUGCCAGUUGUGAUUUAAAUGGCAAAACUUUCAUUAAAAUAUUAGAUCAUGAUUCUCGAGUUUCUCAUCCGUUUGCAGUAGCGGUUUUCAAAGAUCUUAUGUACUGGGAUGAUUGGAAAAUAAAUUCAAUUUUCUCCGCUGAUAAAGACCAUGGAAUCAUGAUUAAAGCAAUCACAAACCAAAUGAACAACUUGAUGGAUAUGAAAAUCUAUGCUCAUUCAUUGCAAGAAGGUACAAAUGCUUGUUCCAAAGGGCAUAAUUGUACCCACAUCUGUGUGGGUGCACCUAAGGGAGGAUAUACCUGCCUGUGUCCAGACGGAAUGGUUAAGUCUUCGAAAACUCAAGAAUGUAUGUGCCCUGGUGGAAUGAAACCAAAUACUAACAAAACAUGUCCUCAAUUGGGGAAUACCUGUGGUUCGGGGUACUUUACUUGCACAUCCCGCAUCUGCAUUCCUGCGGUAUACCGCUGCGACGGUGAAGACGAUUGUGGUGAUAAUUCAGAUGAAAUCGAGUGUUCAUCGGUGCAUCCAGCUUGUCCCCCUCAUAUGUUCACUUGUAAAUCUGAUAAUAAAUGUAUUCCUGAGUAUUUCGCAUGUGAUUAUGAUUUGGAUUGUGAUGACGGAAGUGACGAAAAAGAUUGCAAAUUCAACGAAUGCUUCAAUAAUGAAUUUCGCUGUUCUAAUGGACGUUGUAUUAGCCAAAAAUGGCAUUGUGAUGGGGAGGAUGAUUGUCGAGAUGGAUCUGAUGAAGUAAAUUGUCCAGAAAAGAAUGUGACUGCAGUUACAUGUAAACCGGAUGAAUUUCGAUGUCCUUCUAAUAAAAUUUGUAUUCCGAAUCAAUGGCGCUGUGACAGCGAUUAUGAUUGUUCAGAUGGUGCCGACGAAACUGAUUGCAAUACGAAAGUUUGUGAGCAAUGGGAAUAUGAUUGUGGUGAUGGAAAAUGUAUUUACAAAAGCUGGAGGUGCGAUGGAGAUAAGGACUGCGCUAAUGGUGCGGAUGAAGAAAAUUGUACGUCGACAAUGUCUCCAAGCCGAAAUAUAUUUUUUCCAACGAAUGCAUGUCAUGAUUGGAUGUUCCGUUGCAAUAAUAACAAAUGUAUUCCUAUGUGGUGGAAAUGUGACAAAGUCAAUGAUUGUGGUGAUCGAUCAGACGAGAUAGGCUGCAGCACUGAAAAUAAUGAUACAACAAUAACGCCAACUUUUACUGUAAGUACGAUCGAGCCCAAUUGCUCAUCAUUUCAGUUUGAAUGCGAUUCCGGAGCUUGUAUUUCAAAGAGAUAUGUCUGCGAUGGAUCUGCAGAUUGUGCAAAUGGCGAAGAUGAACGAAAUUGUCCAAUCGAUAGUAACAGUUUUUGUGGUCCCGGAACAUUUCAAUGCCGCAGCAACCAUGUUUGCUUGCCUAUUUCGAAGCACUGUGAUAAAGUUACCCACUGCGCUGAUGGCAGCGAUGAGGAAGAUUGUUUCCAGAUCGGGACUACAGACUCACACCCAAAACUUAUUUGUGCGCCUGGUAAAUUCGAUUGUGAUAGUACCUGUAUUCCUCUAAGCUCGGUAUGUGACAAUAAACAAGAUUGCUAUGAUGGAAGAGAUGAAGAAAAUUGUAAGAAAUGGCGAAGAGUGUAUCAGAUAGAAAAUAUAUCUGUUGUAUCAGGCAGUAUAAAUGCCACUUCAUUCAAAAUAUCGUAUUGGGCAAAAGCACCAAGCGAUAUUCAACCCCAAUUAGAAUAUCUACCAUCUAUAGGGAUAGCUUCUACUGAUGCUUGGCAGAAUCAUUCAGAAUGGAUCAAAGAAAAAACUCAACAAUUUAAUAACUUGAAGCCGUUCACAUCUUAUAACGUUACAGUGUAUGUUCGCAAAGGCGAAGAAGACUCAACAUAUCCGAUUGCCUUUAAAAAUGUUUCAACCUUUGAGAGUGUGCCGAGCGAGCCCUUAAAUGUUAAUGUGACACAGUUGAAUGGUUCACGAGUGCAAGUAAGCUGGAGUUCUCCGAAAGAAAUAAAUGGAAUAUUGCGCUAUUACACAGUUUAUUAUCGGCCUCAGACCACAACGGUGGCAAGACCCGCACUAUCGGUUAAAGUUUCUCCCCAAGAGCAUUCAAUCGUUUUAGAAUCAUAUUUUAGAGGAAAUAUUACCUACGACUUUUGGGUGAGGGCACACAACACAAAAUAUGAAAGUGCAAAUUCGAAUAUGGUUCAUUUGGUUUUCGAUGACGUUUCAAACAUGGAUUCACUUCAUGGCCUUGCGGUUGAUAUUAAAAAUAGUUUUAUUGAAUUAUCUUGGCUACCGGUGAAAGGAGCGGAGGGGUACGUUAUUCAGCCAAGUUUACAACAACCAUAUCCAAAUAUGCAACCACUGAGAUCAAAUAAUACGAAAAUAGAAAUUAGGAACAUGGUUGCUGGAGUACAAUACACAAUUCGAGUAUCAGCGUUUGUUAAAAAUUAUGUAGGUCGCCCUCAAACGAUUCAAGUAACACUUCCUGGAGAGCCUCUUCCAGAAGUCCCCCACAUCACAAUCCAAAAUACUUAUGAUCAAAUUAAUUUGAAGUGGGAAACUCCGAAAACAAACUUUGAAAAUAUCACUUAUGGCGUAUAUUAUGGGACUUCUUUGGAAGAAUUGUUUGAACAAAGUCGCAUUGAAACUACAUUUAACGAGGUCAAUUUGACGGACUUCCUAAUGCCAUGUGAAUAUUACCUUAUCAGUGUUGGUAUAGUCAAACCAGUUGGGCCAGGUCCACUGGGUCGCAGCCCUAUAACACUAGAAACAAACUUAAAUGAUAAAAAACCACCCAGACAAUUAUCAGCGAAGCUAGAUAUGGAUAAGAAAAUUAUAACUUUGACCUGGCAGCAUAAUUGUCCUCAGACGCAUAUCUACCCUUCAUAUUUGAUAACUGUGAAAGAUCUGGUUCUCAACAAGACUAGGAAGUUUGAACUAAAACGGUCAACUAAUACCACACUGACGCACUAUUUUAAUGAUGUGACAUGGGGAGCAAUUUACAAUAUAAGUGUGCAAACAAAUACAGAUGAUUCGGAACCGCUGACAGUAACAGUUAAAGCACCAGAACUCCAUGGUCCCAGACAACUUAGAGUAUGGCCGGAAAGGAAUGGUACGUUUGUUGUUUAUUGGAAAGAGCUGGACUCCACACCGCCUGGUAUGAAUUUCACAUAUGAACUCAUCAUUUACUCUGGAUUAUGGUCAAAUCGUUCGACGGAGCCGCUGGACAUCGUCAACAAGUUCUAUGCAAGUACUCCACCUAUUCUUGUUAAUCCUGAACACCUAGGAGGUACAAGCGCUGCCGGCAAAGUCUUUACAUUUGGCAUGCGAAUCAAAACAUCAGAUGGAUAUCAAUCACAGAUUUCUGAAACAGAAAGUGUAGAGAUACAACCAGAUGCUGCUUGGUUCUCCCGCACAAUGCCAUCAUCAUCAUAUAGUUGGAUUUCAGUGCCACUAAUAAUCGUAAUCAUCCUCUUGGGCAUCAUUUUUUACCUGAUACAACGUCAUAAACGGUUACAAAACUCGUUUUCGCGGUUUGCCAAUUCGCACUACGAUACAAAAACUGGUGCAACGCGAAUUGGAGAUACUUUUGACGAUGACGAUCAUCAUCAUCAAGAAGUACCUCGAUUUGCAGACGACGAGCCACUUGUUAUAGCGUAAUUUCGAAGAGAAGUGUAAAAAGGCGUUUUAAAGUAUGCAAUCAAGUUUUUAGUAAUGUUCAUUUAUGCGAGUUUAAAACCACGGUAGACUAUCAUAAAUAAGGAGAGCUGGUGUAUGGAAGUAUUUAUAAUUUAAAUAAACAUGUGUAUAGGUAAGACAAAAAGUUAUCAGUGAUAUACCUAAUGAUUAAUGUAAUUUAACGAUUGAGUUCCAAGUAUAAUGAAAAAAAUAGUUUAAUAAAAAUUUAAUUAUUGCUAGGAAUAAGGAAAAAUCCUACUAGGCAGUAAUUUUUGCUCUAUCGUAAUCAUUGCCAAAAAAGUAACAGAUAUUCGCUAACGGAAAAAAGGUAGAAUAAUUGUAUUAUAUUUAAGUUUUUAUGAAGUGUGGACAAAAUCUGUAAUUUUCAUAGAUACCUACGAGUAUAAAACCCUAUUUGAAAAAUUA